AUGGAGGCGGCCGCGCACGGCGAGAGCGACCCCAUGAAGGGAUUUUGGGGUUGGAAAUGGGAUUUGGGGUUCAAGGAGGACACUUCAGACCUGAAUCAGAUUCAGGGGUUCAAGGCUGAUUUUGGGGUGCCCCCACCUCAGGUGGAUGUCCUGAUGGAGGCAGCCGCGCACGGCGAGAGCGACCCCAUGAAGGGCGUGUCCGAGAACAUCAUGCUGGGCCAGCUGGCCCCGGCCGGCACCGGCUGCUUCGAUCUCCUGCUGGACGCCGAGAAGUGCAAGCACGGCAUGGAGAUCCCCAGCGCCCUGCCCGGCCUCGGCGUCGGCGGCCCCACCGGAAUGUUCUUCGGCUCCGCCCCCAGCCCCAUGGGGGGGAUGUCCCCG